CCUGCAGCAAAACCUCAAUACUAAAACCCUACCGUUUUUCUGGGUCUCCGUCGUGAAAUUUCAAAGCUCUGUUGCCCAACAAAGCCUAAGCUUCCAUUCGGUCUACUGUAUAACUGCUUAUCUGUCAGAGACGCAUUGAAGGGCUGAGCUCUCUCUCUCUCUCUCUCCCAGUCUCCAGAAACAGCAGCAACUAAAUUGGGACCAGAGAGUUUCAGGGCAUUUUGUAUUUUACAAAUACGAAAGUGGAUUCAGCAAGAUGGGUGUGAAACAAGACGAUGGCAGUAUUAUGCCUACAUCUGAACAGGAGAAGAUCUCUGAUGAGUUAGAUAUCAGAGUGAAGAAGUUUCUUAGAGGCGAAAAAACUAAUUUGGAGGGCUUGCAAGAUAAAAAAUUGAAGGGUCAACUUGCUGUUAGAGAAGAAUUGUUUGGAAAAUCUGCACAAGCUGCUGCCAAGGCUGAGAAGUGGCUUCUGCCAAGUGAGGGAGGCUAUUUGGAGGCUGAAGGCAUAGAGAAAACAUGGAGGAUCAAACAAGAAUCAAUUGCUCGUGAAGUAGAUAUCUUAAGCGCAAGGAGUCAAUAUGAUAUUGUCUUACCAGAUCUUGGUCCUUACACACUGGAUUUCACCUCAAGUGGUCGGUAUAUGGCAGCUGGUGGACGCAAGGGCCAUCUGGCUAUUUUAGACAUGAAGAAUAUGAGCCUGGUUAAAGAAAUUCAGGUUAGAGAAACAGUGCGUGAUGUGGUGUUCUUGCACAAUGAGUUGUUCUUUGCUGCUGCCCAGAAAAAGUAUCCAUAUAUUUAUAACAGGGAUGGCACUGAACUUCAUUGCUUAAAGGAACAUGGCGCAGUAUUAAGGCUUCAAUUUUUGAAAAACCAUUUUCUCUUGGCAUCAAUAAACAAAUCUGGGCAGCUUCGUUAUCAGGAUGUAACAAUGGGCGGGAUGGUAGCUAAUUACAGGACUGGCUUAGGCCGUACCGAUGUGAUGCAGGUGAACCCCUACAAUGGGGUUGUUGCUUUGGGUCAUUCACUUGGUACAGUUUCCAUGUGGAAGCCCACAAGCUCUACUGCUCUUCUCAAGAGGCUGUGUCACAAGGGGCCCAUCACGGCAAUGGCAUUCCACCCAAAUGGCCAUCUCAUGGCUACAGCUGGGAAAGAGAAGAAAAUUAUGCUUUGGGAUUUGAGGAACCUUAAGGAUGAGCCACUCCAGACUUUGCCGGGGAAUGCAGAUACUCUUGAUUUCAGUCAGAAAGGUCUGCUUGCUCGUUCAACUUCAUCAUUUGUACAGAUCCUUAGAGAUUCAUCUGGGACUCAGAACUACAAUAAUUAUAUGACUCAUAAAAUAAUUAAAGGUUACCAAGUAGAAAAAGUGUUGUUUCGACCUUAUGAAGAUGUUCUCGGCAUUGGGCACUCCAUGGGGUGGUCUAGUAUUCUGAUUCCUGGUUCUGGGGAACCCAACUUUGAUUCUUGGGUGGCUAAUCCAUUUGAAACAUCUAAACAGAGAAGAGAGAGGGAAGUGCACUCUCUACUUGAUAAGCUCCCGCCUGAGACAAUCAUGUUGAAUCCCACAAAGAUUGGCACAGUAAAGCCUCAAAGGAGGAAAGAGAAGAAAACAAAGGAGGAGAAAGAGGCCGACAUGGAAGCCGCUGUGGAAGCGGUCAAGGGCAUUGAACCAAAGAAGAAAACAAAAGGAAGGAAUAAGCCGAGUAAGAGGACAAAGAAGAAGCAGGAGAUAGUUGCGAAUGCCAAGAGGCCUUUCUUGGAGCAACAAAAGAAAGAGGAAGAACAAGUGGCUAGGAAGAAGCAGAAAGUAAUUGAGCAAGUGGAGCUACCAACAUCUUUGCAGCGGUUUUCUCGCAAGAAAUCAGCUACAUAGUUGUGCUAAUCUAGGUUAAGGUGUUGUAUUUUAAUUCAAUGUUAUUCAUUUGUGAUUUGUGUUUGUUUGUCUUCAAUCAAAAAUAACUUUUCCAUUUAUC